UUCAUUGGUAUCUUAAAUUAUUUUCUUACGUUUUUUCCCGAUGGCCUUCCAUAAUGACAGUGCGCCUCUAUUGGCUCUUGUCACCGCUUACGUCACGAUCAUGAUUAGAAUUGAUGAUCGAUUUGAUUUCAUUGUCUAGCCAGGGGAUUGGUAAAGAAAUCAUCUGAAUCCGAGAGGCCUUUGAUUUCUCUGCCACAAGAUUUACGCACAGCAGUGAAUAAGUAGCCCACCCGGUUGUGGUUUUUUGAGGUCUCCCACCACAUCCACCAGAGAAAUGGAAAAAUGCAUGGAGAAGAGGAGUAUUCACACUACAUGCAUUACUGCUGCUGCAUUUAAAUCUUCAGACUCAAGAAGAGAGUUUGUUGAGGAUUUUGCCCAGAGUGUUCGAGCAACAUAUCUCCUCUGUGCUACAAAAGAUCUGUGGGAAAAGUACUCGGUUGUUGUGGAUGAGACUACUUAUGCAAGAGACUGCAGCGUCCCAAACAUCCCCAUUGGAGUUGAAAACCAAUAUUUUCUUGUGGAUGUUGUCUUCAUGGAUAGAUGCAACUAUUCAACAGUUUCCCAAGAAAUACUAGCCUCCUUCCACAGCAUUGCUCUAGAUCUGAAUGAUGCCUGGGCAGUGGUUAUAGAUAAUGCUGCCUACUGUCUGAAAGUAUACAGGGAGCUCCUGAAAGGAGUGAUGCCAAACAGAGUCAAUGUUACCUGCCUCUGCCACAUCAUAAAAAUGAUGAAUUUGCGAUCAGUGUUUACUGCUGAGCAACAGCGGAUCCUGGAACGUUACUAUGAAAAUGGCAUGACCAAUCAGAGCAAGAGUUGCUUUCAGCUCAUUCUGCAGUGUGCUCAAGAUACCAAACUUGACUUCAGCGUGGUUAGGACAUGGGUUGGAAACAAAAGACGGAAGCUGGCUUCCCAAGCAGAUGGAGUUGCUGGUCAAAGUCUUUUUAGCCAUCAUUCUCUGCCUGAAGCAGUAUGUGUGACUGGAUCAGUGUCAACAGGAGAAAUGGCAGCCACACAGAGCAAUCAUCAGAGCCUGUCAAUGUCCCAGUUUGUUCCUUCACAAGCUUCAUGUUCCUCAGCUUCCUCUUCUCCAUUGUCUUUCUCCCCACUCAGUACUGGAAGUGGAUUUCAAGCUGACAUAAUUUUGACAGGUAUUUCCUCCUUGACUCGAAACGCUAACCAGCUUGAUGCUUCCGCUCCCAACAGGACUGGGAUGCAAGCGUUGCCCUUACAAACUGAAAUCAAUCUGCCUCCUCACAGUUGUACAACUGUGCACACAGACCACACUGUACAUCUAGUUACCAGUGCAGCUAUGAAGAGGAAAACCCCUAUCACCCCCAGCUCCAGCAACCUUAAAUGUAACCAAAUAUUAAAACAGUUCACCACUACAGACAGAAUUUCUCGCAACUUGGCCAAGCAACAAAGCAUAUUGCCGUCUUCAACAUGGGCUCACUCAUUUCCUAGCAAAACUACCAUAGACAACAGCACUCAGAUUCAGAAAUGUUUCUCCCUGGAGGGAUCAGGGGAGGCUUUACAGCUGCCUCUCACAAAGACCAGCCCAGACAAAGAACGAAUCAGAGAACGAAUGGUUGACAUGUCAGACAUAUUCUCGAUUGCGAUGGAAACAGGCGAUGCUGAUGAUGAGUAUUUAAGAGAAGAAGAACUGGCAAAUAUGGGCGCACAAAUGCAGUUUAGUAAAAGCAGCAGUUGCAACGUCUCCUUGGUGCGUGGUGGGUGUAGCUCCAUUUCAUGUGGGUCUUCCUUGAUUGAUAGCCCAAGAUUGUCAGAAAGGUGCCAAUCACCCACUAUUGUUAAGGCAUCAACAUGUGCUCAUUUUGGAGAGAAAGGAUGUCAAAUUAACAGUUCAUCGAUUGAUACAUCCUCCCCCAGUAACUUUCCAUUAAGACUACUCUCACCGCCAUCUUCCAGAAUAUCCAGUUUUAAGGUAUCAAGUAAUAUGUCUACUCCCUGGCUUUAUAGCAACUCCCGGAAAAGAACACUGCAGGACAGGACACAGUUUAGUGACAGAGAUUUGUACGCACUAAAGAUGUACUGGGACAAUGGAAUGACUAGCCUGGGCCUUGUGUGCAAAGAAAAGAUCUCGGGCGCAGCGAAUGAACUCAGUGUGAACACUGAAAUUGUUAAGACGUGGAUUGGUAACCGCAGAAGAAAGUACCGUUUGAUGGGCAUUGAAAUUCCGCCACCUAAAGGUGGGCCAGCUGUGUUCUCCAAUCAAGCUGAAGCCUAUUCUCCUCAAACCCUUGAAGAUGAACUUGGGAUCCCUGAACUAGCAGAUGGCAGAGUGUCACUAUGUUUGUCUGACGGUGAAAGGAUUUUUCAUGCUAUUGAUGGUGCCAGUGAUUUCUAUCAUCUAAAUGAGGGAACAGACAGGUCCAGUCCUGAUAAAAAUGUGAAGAUUGAAAUCAUCGAAGAAGAGAAUGAUGGUGACAUGUUGACCAAAGAGAUGGAACAAAUGCAAAACUUCUUAGAGUUCAAGAAUGAAGAAGUGCAGUUUCUUGAGGAUGAGCUGCAGAAGCAAAAGCAGAAGUUCUCCCAGCUAGAAAGCUUUACUAGAAGUCUGCUGAUAGCUGUGAAAAACAAUGACCAAGAGAAACAGCAGGAGCUGCUUCAUGAGGUACAUGAGGAUUUGGGCCUGGAUAACCACAGAGAGCAUUACACAGAGGCGAUUUCCAUCCAAAGGGUGUCUUUGAAUUUUGAUAAGAAUGACACAAGGCCAUUGAAACUUUAAACAGUGUUACUCCCUCCGGUCAUUUUCUAACCCCCUCAGAAAACACACAGUGCCUGUGGAAACUUCUCAAUAACACUGUUUGCAUAUUUGGUUUGCUUGGUCUGAACCAGUUUUCCAAUCCACACCACAAUUCAUCAACUAAUUGCCACUGUAACAAAGUAAGGACUCAGGAUGCCAGUGGAUUGUGUUCAUACCAAUGAAGUUGAAUGAACUUGGGUGGAGUUUUUUAGUAUGUAUUCAUGUCUAAAACUGCAUUCAUUCCAACCAAAUUAAUGAAACUCUAAUUAUAAACAGGCUUGAAUCCACUCUCUAAGCUCAAAUGGGAAAGCAUCUUACAGUUAGAUUUUUUACAGCAUUUGACACUGCCUUUUUGGCUGUGUUCAGUGUAAUAAAAUAAAUGGCACUAGGUCAACACUGAGUGGUCUUUGUUUUUGUGACAACUGAGACAAAAAAAACAUUCAGAACUCAAG